CAGGCUACAAAGGCCUACAGGUCUGUUGUGGCCGUGUACUUACCUUUCAUUUCACUAUGCCUUGAAUUGAGAACAGCAGCCUUCUUUGUCGUCUGAUGUAGACUUGAGAUAUGGCAGUUACAACACGCUCUCCAAUUAGAACCCCGGGCUUCCUGGCAUUUAUCGUUUGUGCUCUUGGUGCCAUUGCGCUCUCUAUCACCUUGCUGGUCAGCUGUACCAGUUCAUCGACGGACACUGUCAGUAUCGCCAAAGUAAACGUCACACAAUCCAUCUACGAGCUUGGAACUUUCAUCCUCCCGAACGGCAGCGUCGCAUCUACGCCGCAGAUAUUCACCUCUCUUUCCAUUCCGAGCGAGUGGACCACCGCUUUCGCGCUCGAUGUUCUCCCCAAGGAAUACCUAUUCGGCCUCGGUGGUACGUGAACGGGCUCUCCCUCUCUUUUGAGCCACGCGCUAAACCUCCCAGGCCUUUGCCGGCGAGGCACAAACAGCACGACUACAUGCAGCAAAAAACUGGGCCUCCCAGCCUACGUCCUCUCAGC